UAAUUAGUUGCCUAGAAUCAUAGAUCAUAUAUAAUUCGACCCACAGAUGGAUAAUUAUACCACACGAAAAUGCCUAAACAUCUGACAGUGACAGCUGUCUCUAACCUCACUUUUAAACAUGGUCCGUUUAUAGAAUAGUUACGAAUUAAAGAUGUCGUUUGGAAGAGCCAGUUCUAAGGAUUUACCGAAAGAUGCCAAAGUUUUAACUGAAGAACAGGCCCUAGGCUUCCAGAUAGAAAUUAUAAAAAAGUGGCCUAGUAGAUUAGAGGUGGCUGCUCUAAGGUAUGGUCCCUUCCUUCUUGGUGCGGCAUCUGUAUAUACAGGGGUGUUUUUAAACAGUCACUUUAGAAAAAAGUUGAUGCUGUUUCAUUACGGAAAACUGUCGACGUAUUUGCCCAUUGUGGUACUGCCUGCUGCAUCAAGCUUAUUGUACCACUACGAAUUUGUCUUGAAAGAUAUUGUGCUAAUGAAAACACCCUGUCCAACAUGCAUUGAACUACGUUCAGCAGCUUUUCAGGCGCUGUUUGGUGUCAUUUUUCCGCUUAUACUAGCCCCACUCGGAUGUGCAGCUGUGUCACAAAGGUACAAAACUUACUAUUUGCCAGACCCGAAAAACGAUCCAAAAUUAGCAUUUAACGAAUUUAAGAGUUUUUUUAAGCCGAUAAGUAAAAAGGUUUGGUACAUGUUUCUGGCGCAUGCCUUUUUGGGCAGUGCCUUAUCGUAUUUUGAAAUUCGAGAUAUUAUCAAUAUAAAUAAGAAACUUUCUAUACCUGAAGACGAACUUCUUUCAGAAUAGACUAAGUAUGUGAUGAAAUAGAGGUAGUAAUAUUAUUUAUAUAUUAGUUUUUUUUUAAUAAACAUUCUAAAAGAAACAUAGACCUAUUAAUUAGGCACACAGAUAAUUUUUUUAAUAAAUCAUUAAAUCAUA